UCUGUGAUUUGUUAAUCAUUCUUUUGUAAUUCCAAUCUUAGAAUCCAUGGAUUCAGCAACCAAAAGGCGAAAGACCGACGAGAACGGUGACGCUGCUUCAGGUAUGAAGUUAAAACCGGAGGACGCUCGUAAGAUCAUCGAAACCUUUACUCAAGAGCAGCUCCUCAACAUCCUCCAAGACGCCGCUGUCCUUCACUUGGACGUUCUAGAUGCAGUCCGUGCCAUCGCCGAUUGCGACCCAACGCAGCGCAAGCUCUUCAUCCGCGGUCUCGGAUGGGACACAGCCUCCGAAGGCCUACUCACUCUGUUCUCACAAUACGGUGAUCUUGAAGAAGCGGUGGUAAUUCUUGACAAGGUUACAGGAAAGAGCAAAGGUUACGGCUUUGUCACUUUUAAGCACAUCGACGGUGCUAUGCUAGCGUUGAAGGAGCCCAGCAAGAAGAUAGAUGGUCGAAUGACUGUCACUCAGCUCGCCGCUGCAGGGAAUUCAGGUUCCACCGUAAAUCAGCCCUCUGCGGCUGAUCUCUCAAUGCGGAGGAUUUACGUUGGGAAUGUUCCGCAAGAUAUGCCGGCGGAUCGUCUCUUAGUUCACUUCUCGUCUUAUGGUGAGAUAGAAGAAGGGCCAUUAGGGUUCGACAAGCAGACUGGGAAGUCUAGAGGGUUUGCGUUGUUUGUGUACAAAACCGCUGAGGCCGCAAAGGCUUCACUUGUGGAUGCCACCAAGAACAUUGAUGGGUAUCCAUUAAUUUGCAAAUUGGCGAUCGAAGGAAAGAGGGCUUCGGCCAAGCCCGUCCAAGUUGCAGUUGGUGCUGGAGGAGUUCAGGCCCCUAUUGGUGGCCCUGGAGAAAUCGUUGGAGAUGGGCUUGGCUUGCCGCCUCCUUCUUCCAUGCCGAGCACUUUUACUUCUCAGUAUGGUGGUCCACCGGCUGGGCUUUCUUCCUAUGGUGGUUUUUCCGGUGCCCACCAGGGGCCACCUCCAUUUGGUGGCCACCUCCAUCACAAUCUGAACUCGCCUCUGCAGUCAACAAUUGGUGCUUCUGGGCUGUCCUCUGUUGGGAGUCAGGUUCCAUCUUCGUUGGGUGCCACAGGUGGUUAUGGUGCAGGAUUGAGUGGUGGUCCAUAUGGUGCUUCACAGUACGCUGGGCCUACUUCGGGCGGUGAUGGUGGAUUGGGUGGUGGCGGAUCAUCUUUGUAUCGGUGGCCGGCGAGUUCGGUUUUGCCUUCUGGGAAUUAUCCAGAGAGUGGACACUAUGGAUUGACGUCAUCCGCGUAUCCAAGUCAGCAUCACCCGCAUACAGGGAUAUCGCCAGCGCCUAGGGUACCACCUGGGGCAAUGUAUCAGAGCAUGCCUCCUUAUUGAUAAGGGUAGCGUGAAUAGCUGUUUUUCUUUGUAUGAUGUGAAAUGAUGGAUUGAGUUUGAAUGGGUGUUUGAUUCAGGUAUAUGGCAGCUUCUUGGCCGCACAUGCCUUAAAUGGUUAUGGUGAUUGCAGACAAUGUAAACUCUGGUUUGAUGAAAUGGUUGGCUGUACUGUUGUCGCCGCUUCUCCUCUUCUGUGCCCCUUUAAGACGUGGUUUACUUUUCUGUGGCUGGUAGUCAAUGUUCAAAGAGCUAUAUUAGUCUUAGUGUUUAGAAAAUUCUCUACCUACUGCGUGAGCCAUCUGCCACAUUGUUUUUUUUGAUAUCUAUUGACAGAUAACACUUCUGUGAUGCUUAUUGAUGGAUAAUAACAUGACCUUUACAUAACUUUCUUAA